AUGAAGUUCUUCAUUUAUCUCAUUGGUUUCUUUGUCCUUUUGAAUGGAAUCACGGCCAACAAGGAAGCAGAUUCUAUUAUUCAAGAUUCUUGCAAAAAAAUUUCAAUUGUAUACGACUUCUGCGUAGCAUCUAUCAAAGAAAAUCCAGAGAGUCAGAAAGUGAAAAAUGUUGAUGAUUUGAUCAUAAUAGCAUUGAAAAACGCCAUGUCCAACCUGACACACGUGAAAGGAACUGUAGAAAAGGUUCUGAAGGACAGAAAGUAUAAGAGUAAGGCAAUUGUGAAGCCAUUGCACAAUUGCAUCAAAUAUUAUUCCGAGGGCACUGACUUGUUAACAAAAGUUUUAGAGAAUGCGAAGUUAAGGAACUACAAAAAAGUUUUGGGUAGUAUUACUGAUGCAAAAGAUGUUCCGUCACUUUGCGAAUCUGGAUUCAAGGGGGAAAAUGAGCUGAAAUCUCCGGUGAAGAAAGGGAACCAAGUUCUCUCGGUUCUGAUAAGCAUUUGUGAAACUAUUAUUUAUUCCUCUGCCCGUAAAAACUUGUCCACCAUCGUAUAG